AUGUCUGAUCAAAUCUGGAAAACCAAGCCACCAUAUCAAAAGCCCGACGAAGCCUUUAGCAAGGUGUUACAAGGCAGCUGUCAUUGCGGCCAAGUAAAAUACUGGCUGAGUAAAGAUGGCCCUCUGGCUUCCAAGUACUGUCAUUGUGGUGACUGCAAAGUGAUUCAUGGCGCCCCUUUUCAAUGGGCAGCGAUAUUCCAAAAGUCAGACAUGGCAUUUGAAAGUGGUGCCGAAAACCUGCGCUUUUACAAUUCCAGUUCCAAGUCGUUAGAACACGAGCUACCCUGCAAAGUGAGCUGCUCCCAGUGCGGGACACUCAUCAUGGACGAGGGACGGAACAUGGUAUUACUAUUUCCGACGCUUCUGAAAUUCCAGAAUGAAACCCAGAAGAGGAAUUUUGAGGUUCAAUGUCAUAUAUUCUACCCUCAGAGGGUGGUCGACUUGCCGGAUGGCAAGCCAAAGUGGACAGGGUUGGAUGGGAAGAGCGAGUUAGUGCCGGAAACCUGAAUAAUUUUGGUCGAUAAAUCCAAUGCCGCAGCUGAUUGUCGUCGAGAAAAUAGUCCGCUCCAUGUUCUUCCGUAUCGUAUACUUCAAGCAAAAUCACUAUUCGUUCGCGUAAACAACUCAGGCCUCUGAAUCCUG